AUGGGCAGCCGCGAUGAGCUGGUCACGCAGUUCACCACAAUGCUCGCUGAAAUUGAGUGGCUGCAGCCGUCACCAAAAGAGAUGAUCGACGCCGAUAUACUUAGUGCAGUUGCCGACUACAUUGAAGUGGGCUCGGGUGGAGAGGCCACACUGAAGCGGUUACGCGAUGCGCUGCUGCAUCGGCAGAACCACGCGACAGCAGCCGCAACGACGACGAAUGCGGGGAAGAAUGUUGUAAAGGCUCCUGCAGCGUCGGCUGCACCAGUGCAGGAGCAGCAGCCGUCUCCGGCGAAUGCAGCAGAGGAGAUGGGACGGAAGCGCGCGCAGAAAAUUCUCGUUCAGCAGCUAUUACUGCGCUACAAUCAGUGA